AGCCUCAGGAAGGUCGGAACCAAGGGGGGAGGAGAAUGGUGCGUGUGGUGCUUGCCAGCCGUGCUGCUAGCGGCGUCGGUGGUGGCCGUUAGCGGCCAGUUCCAGCGAUUCAGGCAGCGUGACUCUGGCUACCCGGAGAGGCAGAGCUUGGACGUCGUCCCACUCGGCCGAAGUACCUGCUCCCGCCGCGGCCCCCGCCGGCUACAAGGACAUCAGCCGCAGCCAUGGCGGCGUCUACGUCGAGGAAAUGUCCAACAGCUACGUCUUGGGCGGCAGGAGGCGGCGACGUAAUCGCUUCAGGCUUCUUGAUGUCCCCAAUAAUCAGGGUCCACUCGGGGGGCAGUUGGCCCCACAGCCUCAGAUGCCGGGACAGAACAGUCAGGGCUACGGUCUGAUUGGCUCUCUUGAUCAGGCCGCACUGAAUAGCCAAGGACAGGGCGCGAACGUCGCACAGGGACGUACUGGGGCACAGGGAGCAGCAGGACAAUCGGGAGCCCAUGGUCAACCGGGAAAACCAGGACAGCCUGGAAAUGUGGGACCGGUUGCUCCACCUGGGGCUCUAGGACAGCCGGGGCCGACGGGAGGCUUGGGCGACCCGCAAGGACCCGAAAAUCGCAACCUCGGUGAGAAAACGCCGAUCCAACCAGCAGCUGGUAAGGCAGGGGCCCCGGGGGCUGCUGGAGCUCCAGGCCAACCAAGUCAACCAGGACAGCCAGGACAGCCAGGUCAGCCAGGGCCGCCAGGUCAGCCCGGCCAGCCGGGACAGCCCGGCACUCACGCACCACCAAUAGGUCCCGAGCGUCGUGGCCACGGUGAGAACAUGCCGGUUCAUCCAGCGGCUGGUAAGCCAGGAGCCCAGGGUGCUGCUGGAGCUCCAGGACAGCCGGGUCAGCCGGGUCAGCCGGGUCAGCCGGGUCAGCCGGGACAGCCAGGCAAUCGCGCACCACCUGCAGGUGAUCAGCUUGGCAGGAGGGACGCCAACGAAGCUGGUUCUGCGGGCAAGGAUCAGUCGGCAUACACGGGUCUUCCGGGUCUGCCAGGAGAACCCGGUCUUCCAGCGGUACCACAGAACCCGUCCGUAGAAAGUCGCAACUUUCCCGAGGGUCGGGGUGGCACGCCUGGAGAGCCUGGUCAUGCGGGGAAGGAUGGAAUGGAUGGUACGCCAGGCAAGCCUGGAGGGCCUGGGCAGCUAGGCAAGCCGGGUGGAAUAGGUUCACCGGGUGAACCAGGUGAGCCUGGACAUCCUUCUAAGGACGGUGGAAACCCAGGAGUUCCAGGCAACCCGGGCCGUCCGGGCAAACCCGGCCCACCAGGUCUUCCCGGCCCUACGGUUACGGGCGCCGCCGCGGAAUACGCAAACAAGCACCCUACCGAUGCGAACACUAGCAGCAACCUUGCGAACGACGCUGCUAAGGCGGGGCCGGACAAGAGCGCACACGCGGCCGAUGGCAGAAACUCUAUGAACGGGGUGGCACUUAACGAGGUCCCCGCGCAGAGCAGGCCACCGGGCAGAUACCGCAGGCUCCGCCAGGCCAACAAGCGCCGCCAUCACAAGCACGGCCACCCACGACUGCGCAGCCUCAACCACUGA